UUACGUACAGGUAUGUCGGCCAGUCUCCGUGCGUCAGCCCGCUGCGGCUUCCCGGAUUAACCACUCCGGGGACCAGCGGGUGUCCGGACGGCUGUCUGUCCGCGUGUCGCUGCUGUCUGAGCGGGACUCUCCAUGUUGCAGAGCCGCUGGAGGAGAAGCUACAUGGAGGCUAGCCGCCUGACGGACUGACCCCGGAUCAGCCGCCGCUCGGCACUCAGGGGGACUGCGGCACUUCCCGCCGCCAUGCCAGCCGGAGUGUGUGGCUGCUGCGGGCCCCUCAGGCCCAGAUACAAGCGCCUGGUGGACAACAUCUUUCCAGAGGACCCCAAAGAUGGCCUCAGUAAAUCUGACAUGGAGAAGCUCACCUUCUACGCUGUGUCGGCUCCGGAGAAGCUGGACAGGAUCGGCGCCUACCUGGCCGAGAAGCUGAGCCGAGACGUGGUGCGACACCGCUACGGGAACGUGGUGAUCGCGAUGGAGGCUCUGGACCAGCUGCUGAUGGCCUGCCACUCCCAGAGCAUCAAGCCCUUCGUGGAGAGCUUCCUGCACAUGGUGGCCAAGCUGCUGGAGUCCAGAGAGCCCGACCUGCAGGUGCUGGGAACCAACUCGUUCGUGAAGUUUGCCAACAUUGAGGAGGACACGCCGUCCUACCAUCGCCGCUACGACUUCUUCGUGUCCCAGUUCAGCGCCAUGUGCCACUCCACCCAUGAAGAACCUGAAACCAGAACCAGGAUCCGUGUGGCGGGGAUCAAGGGCCUGCAGGGGGUGGUGAGGAAGACGGUGAACGACGAGCUGCAGGCCAUCAUCUGGGAGCCGCAGCACAUGGACAAGCUGAUCCCCUCCAUGCUGUUCAACAUGCAGGACAGCGACGACACCGACAGGGCGGCCCACCCCAGCACCCCGUCGGGAGGCGGCCAGGACGGCGAGGAGAACCCGGCGGCGCUGGCCGAGAGCUGCUUCCGGGAGCUGCUGGGCCGAGCGGCGUACGGAAACAUGAACAACGCCGUGCGGCCCGUCCUGGUGCACCUGGACCACCACCACCUGUGGGACCCCAAUGAGUUUGCCGUGUCCUGCUUCAGGAUAAUCAUGUACUCCAUUCAGGCGCAGCAUUCGCACCACGUCAUCCAGCAGGUCCUGAACCACCUGGACACGCACAAGAGGAACACCCCCCGGGUCCGGGCCGGCAUCGUGCAGGUGCUGCUGGAGACGGUGGCCAUCGCCGCCAAGGGCUCCGUCGGCCCCACGGUGCUGGAGGUGUUCAACACGCUGCUCAAGCACCUGAGGAUGAGCGUGGACUUCGAGCUGGGCGAGAGCUCCCGGAGGAACUCGGGCUCCAGCGUGUCGUCCGGCCGCGGCAGGGAGAGCGACGAGCGCAUCGUCCAGAACGCCAUCAUCCAGACCAUCGGAUUCUUCGGUGGAAACCUGCCAGACUACCAGCGGGCCGAGGUCAUGAUGUUCAUCAUGGGUAAAGUUCCGGUGUACGGGACGCCCUGCCACACCCUGGACACCGUCAAGAUCGGGCAUCAGGGCACCAAGCGGAUCCAGACCAUGCUGCUCAGCUCCCUCAUCAUGGUGACCUCGGGCUUCAAGUCCAAGUCCAUGGCGGCGGCGCUGCCGGCGCCCUUCCUGGACCCGCUCUUCUCCAUCUCCCUGAUGGAGGACAGCGAGCUGAGGCAGCUGGUGCUGGAGAUCCUGCACAACAUCAUCGAUCGCCACGACAACCGCGCCAAGCUGCGCGGCAUCAGAAUCAUUCCUAAUGUUGCUGCAUUGAAAAUCAAGAGAGAGAAGAUCUCCAAACAAGACGUGGCGUUCAUGAAGAAGCACGGCCAGCAGCUCUACCGCCACAUCUACCUGGGCUGUAAGGAGGAAGACAACGUCCACAAGAACUUCGAGCUGCUCUUCACCACGCUCGCCAUUCUGACCAUCGAGCUGGCCAACGAGGAGGUGGUCAUCGACCUCAUCCGGCUCGCCAUCGCUCUGCAGGACAUGGCUCUGGCCAACGAGGAGAACAUGCCCAUGUCCAUCCGCUGCGGCAAACGCCUGGUGGCCGCGUACCUCAACUUCCUGGGCCAGAUGAUCGCCAACCCGCCGUUCUGCCAGCACGUCAGCAAGGUCAUCGAGCUGAGGACGCUGGACGCGCCGUAUCUCCUGCCUGAGCACACCUUCAGAGACAAGUGUCCACUCCCCGAAUCUUUGGACAAAGACGACAAGCAGCUGUUUUUCCAGACGGCGGAAAUGGCGGAGUGUCUGGCGGGACCGGGGUACAACUCGGAGAGGCUGUCCAUUCCCUACGUCCCCCAGGUGACAGACGAAGACCGUCUGACCCGGAGGAAGAGCUUCGUGGACACCAUCUCCCUCCAGGUGGACAUCAUGUCCAGCAGCCUCCCGGACAAGGCCCAGCUGGCUGAGGAGAUCACCUUCGAGACUCUGAAGAAGGCCAUCGAUACGACCGUUUGGAGGAGCAGGAGAGAGAGAAGAGGCGCCAGGUGGGAAGUUCCAGAAAGCGCCGUUCGAGGAGAUCGCCGCCCACUGCGAGUCCAAGGCCACCAUGCUGCACGACCGCCUCGCACAAAUCUUCGAGCUCACGAUCCGGCCCCCCCCCAGCCCGUCCGGAGUGGUGUCCGUCUCGGCGGGACACGCCCAGCACCAGUCCGUCCCCGUCUACGAGAUGAAGUUCCCGGACCUGUGUCUACUGAACACAUCUGCAAUAAGUCCAAACGCCGAGGGAGAACCACGCCGUCGCAGCCUGUAUUCCCGUCUCUCUGUAUCCAUCCAGCGGGGGGCGCCGUCACCGAGGCAACCUGCAGCAAGAAACCCACCGUCCCAAAACCUUAAAGCAUCGUGAGCCUCUCCCCGAAAACUAAACCCAGCUUUUCAAACCAGAACAGGAUCUGACCUCGGUUGUUGGUUCUUAUCAGUCAGCUGACGCUUUGCACCUUGUACAGCUCUCCCUCCCUCUCUCUCUCUCUCUCUCUCUCUCUCGCUCUCCCUCUCUUAGGAAAUAGCUAAAGCAGCUUUAGGAAGAAGCGGUGAAGCCAGCUGCAGCUCACACUCCGCCUCUUUCCACUGUCUGCGGUCGUGUUUCUCAGUAGGCGUUAAUUCGUAGACGUGCACUAUCUCAGCUGUGGACUCUAAUAAACGUUCAGUGUUAGGCCUGCCGCUCAGCGCAAACCGUCCUCGCUGUUAAACCUGCGCUGUUUAGAGGUGAUUAAACUUCAGAACGGACUUCAGCACCGAGGAGGAGGAGGAGCAUAUGAACUAAACUUCUCUUUUUUAUCUUCAUCAUUAUUCAAACCUAAUUUUUUGGAGGCAGAAACGUUGCUGUUGCCACCUGUGAGCUGUGAACUUUAGAUUUGUGGGAAAAGGUCGCCGGAGGUCAGUGUGAAGGAGCUGCAGGUGGAGCGGAGAGGCAUGUGUCGGUUUACCAGCAGCUGUUUGGAACAGAGCUGAAGCAGGUCUUCCUCAGAGACGUUCAGAAGCAGACACUCAUCGUCCAGCUGAAGCUGAAACUGUCCCACCGGUUUGGGUGAAAGAGACAAAUGUCUCUGAUACUGAGGACUGGGGAUUUCUUAAAGGAAGCUCUAAGAACAGGUUCUUAAUUACCGGAUACAUAUGAAACACAAAGUUGGCAGGCUUCUCAGCGUGUUUUGUGGCCAAAGACAGAAGCUGCUCCUGCUCCUGGAUUCCAGCCCGUCUGGAUCUGUGACUGUGGGAGCUGCAUGUUCUCCCUCCCUGCUGGACGCUCGUCUCCAGCCUCUCUGAGGCAAAGCAGACACUCUUCCAGCAGCGUCCUCAAGGUCACAUUCUGCCUGCGAGAGUGCGAGCAGGAGGCUUUUGGACUGCGAUGCUGGUGUUGGCCCGGCUGCAGCUGUGAUCGGUAAUAACAGAUGGUUAUCAGAGUUUUCCUCUGAUCUGCGCCCAGGAUGGGAGGCAGAUCUGUGCAGUACCUGCUGCGUGCGUGCGUGCGUGCGUGCGUGCGUGCGUGCGUGCGUGCGUUCGUGCGUGUGUGGUAUGAGCAGAUGUUCGGAGCUCGCCGCUCUCUCUGCUUUAUUCCAGGAUGAAGGUCGGUACUUCCUCUCCACUCCACUGAUUGGUCUGAAUGUGAAGAAAAAAGUGGUUUUAGACGACGUUGUGUUGUCGGACACAUCUGAGGAGUCCAGACAUUCAGGAGUCGGAGACGGAGGACAGAGAGCUGGGAGGAGGAGGUGAUGCUGUCUGGAGGUUUCUGAUGGCUUAGUGGAGGAUGCUGUUGUUGAAAGUAGGCAGAGGGAUUGUCUUUGUCUUUGACCUUGAACUGGAAUUGGUGUUUUUUUACGCGAGCUGGGUUGUUUCCUGGCGGCGAGCCAGGCACCAUGUUAUCCAGACGGUUGUAUAAUCUCUACACCGUAAGAGGAAACCAGUGUGGUCUUAUUGUUUUCUAACCGUAGCAGCUCGUAGUCACGCCUUCAGUCUCCCUUCGGAAUCAAUCAUUUCAAAGCCCGAACCUCCACACAUCUGCAGACAUUGUAAUUUGACACCAGCCUCACCGGCUGAAAUAACCCCGAACACCAGCAGUGAGCGAGGAGUGAGGCAGCAGCAUGAUUGGAUCUCGGUCCCUGACGAUGGCCUGGGCUAGCAGCGGGCAUGUGGACUUGGGCUCAACAGCAGGCUGUGACUGGGCUCCACAGCAAGGGCCAUGUGUGACUGGGCUCGCAGCAGGGUCAUGUGACUGGGCUCAGAGCAGGGUACUGUGAUCUGGGCUCACAGCAGGGUCAUGUGACGGGCUCGCAGCAGGGUCAUGGACUGGGCUGCAUGCUGCUUUCCUCUCGUCUCUGUAGGUGUUUUGGAGCGACCCUGCUGGUUCUGGUCUUAGUGAACCCAUGAGGCUUCAUGGCGGGUUUGCUAGACGCGCACGUAGUCGUCCUUUGUCCUCGAUGUGAUAUAACCUCUGUGGCUAAAACAGUUAGUUUAUAAAGAGUCGGCUUCUUUGAGUUUUAAAUAAAAAGCAUGAGCAGAGUAGAAUAAGCCUAGUGAGGAUCUUUAUGCUUUUGCGCCGAUGUGCGUAUGGACACGGCGUCACGUCUCGGAUUUGAACUCUUGUGACGUACCGUCUUCGCUCUUAAGAACCAACUAACCACGUGAUGUUUUAAAUUUCAUUUUUUUGCCAUGAUGCACUGAGUAUACAUGCUGAAAAUAAAUCCAUCUAAACACGCCGGAGCGGACCGCAGACUGACGCUGGCUGAACCAGCACAGUGAAGACCAGCCGCUUCAGUCUGGAGGAGGGACUGUUCAGAUGUGGCGCAGUACAGGAUGAAUGUGUCAUUACAGCACUAUAUCAUAUAUUUUUGUACGUUUUCUGCCGUCACGUAUCACUGAAAUGUUUGCCUGGUAGAGAUUUUCAGAUACUGGGAGACGUUUGCUACAUGAAGAUCAAUGCUGAAUUUUUUAUAUCCCUUUUGUUGUCCUCUCCUCUCGACACUGAUAGAUGAUUCAGGGUUCACCGGGUUGGUGAGUUCAUCAGCGAAAUGUGUCUCCUGUUACAUUCUUCAAUCAAAGGGUCCCGAAUAGCAUUUCAAAACGGAGGUCCUGCGGGUAGAGGAUUCCUGUUUUUUCUCUGUAUUGUCAUUAGAAGAGAAAGGUACUAAAUAUGUUGUUAUUUAGUAUUUUUGUUUUGUUUGAGUUAUUUGAAGUGAUUUCGAACAUGGGCUCCAGAGUCAUGAAAAAACCUGGAAAGAUCAGUCUUUGAAUUAAUUGCCGCACUUCAAAACGAAUUUCUAUGCAUGUUCCUUUAAGGCAGUCUGCCGUCGUCGCAGUAUUAUCUCCCACACCCAAGACGAGAGGAGCCAAACCCAAGAAGCCCCUCUGAGCCUGUCCUGAGCCCAGCCUUUAGAUGAUCUCUCAGCCUGAAUGAAGAAGCCGGUGAGCGGUUGGAGCGGCGGAGCUCUGUGAUCAUGGUACGAGUAAACCUCCACCCGGCCCGGGCUAACGUCUGGUCCCGAUGGAUCUGAAGAAGUACUUUCAUUGCUUCAGCGUUCUCGUUGUGGAAGAGUUGCAUCUCGUCAGCGUUGCAGCUUCACGGCUGCUCUGCCUUAUUUCAUGAUGCUGGACACAAAAAGCGCUUCAUAAGUUUGAUUUUGUUUCUUUUUCAAGAUGAAUUUUGUCGUUUACCAGCUGAGAUCUGCAAAAUGUCUUCAAAAAAUAAUAAUAUAAUAAAUAUAAUAAAACCUGAGCGUAUUUUCUAAUGUGUGUGAUGCAGCGGUUGUAUUUCUGUGCCAGUUUUAGAGAUUUCAGGUGUCGCGUCUGUCUGCGUUUAGCCGUCAGUGACCAACCGCUAAAGCUCGGCUCUGUUCGGACGCGUCGGUAGCUUUAACCACUAGGUGGCGCCGAGGCUCGGCUACUGCUGCGGGUUCCAGGAGACGUUUCACCGUCUGCGAUCGCGGUUUGUGCACGUUUCACAUCGACAGGAGGAGAUGAACGGCUUCCGGCUGUCGAAUCAGCAAUUCAGUUUAAAAAAAAAUAAAAACUAAUUUAAAAAGCUGAAGAUUGUUUCUUCAAUCGAUCACAUUAAUCCCUCCACCGAUUAAUCUGCAGAUUGUCCUCAGUGGAAUUCGAGUUUCUCUCUGAACGGCAGCAAGCAGCGAGGCCUCGGCGCUUCAUUACAGGGACUCUGUUUAACAGGAAGUCGUUGGUGUUCGUGUUUCAGAGACUAAAUACAAGUAUUUCUAUCAGA